UUUAAAAUGUUGACUCAGAAAAACAAAAAGUUGUCAGGUCGACGGGAAGACAACACAAGAGUUAACUAGAAGCAGGGAAAUAAGGAAAUGCCCUUCCAGAUAGCUUGAAGCAUCCUCUCCUUUCUGCCACUUGAUGGUGCCAUAAUGCUGUAAAACCAAUAUGGAAUUAUAUUAUAAUUAUAGUUGCCCUGCUAGUGGCUUUAUUUAAUGCUGCUGCUAUAAUGAGGAUUUAAAGUUAAAAAUUCUGGUGCAGCAUUAUGAUAAAAAAAAAACAUAAAAUUUAAAACAUAAUUCAUUCAUUCAGUCAAAUCACCAUACACGUAUCAUAUCUCUGUUCCUCAUCUUGUGUUCCUUUUCAGAUCCUUUCAAUUAAAGACUUCCUCCUCCUGCAGAUCCCCUUGCAGUCCCUAUGCACACUGUGUGGAGUGAUGACUGCCGUGUGCACCCCCGAACCCUCCCACCACCACACACAAACACAAUAUACAGCAAGUGAUUGUGUGUCAGUGAAUGAUAUGCACUUGAAAGUAUUGGUAGAUGCUUGGCAGGUGGAGGAGUAGCAAAAUUCUGCAGAACAGCCAAUGCUGACGCACCUGUCCUGGGCCGACCCUCCCACCUCCUCUCUGGGAAACUUCUGAAGGAAAGAUCUCUGUCCUGUCCCAGUCAGGACCUCCAAGCCACAGGAAAAAUGGGCAACAUGGCAACCGAGAUCGUUGCCUUUGUCCUGACCAUCUCGGGGUGGAUCCUGGUGUCGUCCACCCUGAGGCUAGACUACUGGAAGGUGUCCUCUGUGGAUGGGACGGUCAUCACCACCGCUACCUUCUGGUCUAACCUAUGGAAAACAUGUGUGACUGAUUCCACUGGUGUGUCCAACUGCAAGGACUUUCCUUCAAUGCUGGCUCUGGAUGGCUAUAUCCAGGUGUGUCGGGGUUUGAUGAUCGCCGCUGUAUGUCUGGGUUUCUUUGGUGCCAUCUUUGCCUUGGUAGGAAUGAAGUGCACAAAAAUAGGAGGCUCGGAAAACACCAAGGCUCGUCUGACUGUCCUCUCGGGCUUCCACUUCAUUCUCAACGGCCUCUGCUGCAUGACUGCAUGCUCCAUAUAUGCUCACAGGAUCACGACUGACUUCUUUGACCCCCUCUUUUAUGCCCAGAAGUUUGAGCUGGGAGCAGCUCUCUUCAUCGGCUGGGCUGGAUCUGUACUGUGUAUCCUAGGCGGACUUAUCUUCUGCUUCUCACUGUCCACAGGCUUCAGUAUCAGAGCUGAAUACUCCUACACUGGAGCUGCAUCAUUUGAGACAGCACGCAACAAGCACAGAAAGACAAGCAACAACCUUCACAACGGACCAGGGGAGCCAUCGAGGCAGUUUGGAAGAAAUGCCUAUGUGUGACAUUGGACUCUAUCUUGUUGUUACAUUUCUUAUAAUAAUUUGGGGUCACUAGAAACUAUUUCACCAGUAAAAGCAAAUGACUCCAUUCACAAACUUCUGUGCCUCAUCUCCAUGGAAAUAAUGGUUGGAAAGUGUAAACUGUGUGUCAGUUUACAUAUUCUCUUGAUUUGUGGCCAGAGUCAUCUUUAAAUUCGGGUCCUUUCUGGGACAUUUCUGUCAAUGACCCUAUGUAAAAGAUAAUCUUGCUUUUCUUUUAGGGCAGGAAAUUUGAUUUGGCACAAAACGGCGUUCAAACUCUCCGGUCACCUUCAAUAAGCUGGCCUUUCCUGCCUGUCUCACAUAGACUGGAGAGAUAUUAAAUCUCUAUUUUAUAAUUCUUGAGUCAAAGGCUAAUUGGACAUCAAUAUUAUCGAGCAUAUUUUUUUUUCAUUAAAACCAGAAGAUAGCCAGUACACUUUUUGUUAGCUUACUGCUCAAACUUAUGAUAUAUGAAUAAGAAAUAACAUGAUUUCUUCUUUUACACAAAAGUUAAAGUCAUUUAAAGCAAUUCUCUUUUCAAAGCAUGCCGUUUUAGAAGCAACAAAAUAUAAUUUUUAAUGGUUAUCUAAAAAAAUAAACAAAUAGAUUACUUAUUAAAACUUGGAUAGCUAUGAUGUAAUUCCAGUUAAUCUUCUCCUGUUGCUUUAAGGAAAUAGAGCACACCUUUAGUUGAAAGUUUUUAGGAUUUCUCAAGCUGAAAGAUGGAUCACAUGAAGACCUUUCUUGUUUUAUUUUCUUGGCCUAGACUGAUCUGACUUCCAAAGGUCACUAGGUCACAUCUGACCCCAGAGAGGGCUAUGCAGAGCAGGAGGCCCGACCGGAGGUAUCCCCUCAUAUCAGCCAUCCAUCUCCACCUAAGAAUUAUUAUCAAUAGGAACCCCAGGCUAUGUUACGCAAAACCUUGUGGCCCAGCUGGCAGAGAGCAGUUGCCCUGUGCUUUCUGGCGCUUUACGUCCGUAAACAAGUGUCAGGUGUCCUGGGCUCUGCAGAAUGCUCUCUGAUAUAAUGGUGGUAUUGUAUUGUCUGUCUGCAUUACAUAUAGGGAUGUUAAAAAAGGUUACGCAUCAAACUCCUUCUAGCUAAUACUUUCUAAAUGAUUGUCUCUUGACAGAACAUUUCAGAAUAGCUACAGUAACUGCUCACAAUAGUUAUAUAUUAAAAAGAAUUUAAAGUUAAUAUAUCAUGGCAAAUACUGAGAAUAAUCAGAAAUCCUUAAAGCAUCAUUUGAAAAAUACUUUCUUCCAAGUGCUUAUAUAUCCAUCUAAUAAUGUUUAAAUUGUCUCUGGUAUGUCUUUAGUGUAUUCUGAGGUUCUUAAACAAAAAUAAAACGAUAAAAAGUG